AUGAACGGCAUGAACGGGCAGUUCCCCCAGCCGGGGGCUGCCAUCUGGCAAGAACAUCGCACACCCGAUGGUCGCGCGUAUUACUACAACGCAGCUACUAAGGUGACACAAUGGACAAAGCCAGAGGACAUGAUGAGCCCCGCAGAGCGCGCUCUCGCGAACCAGCCAUGGAAGGAAUAUACCGCCGAGGGUGGCCGAAAGUAUUGGUACAACACCGAAACUAAGACAAGCUCAUGGGAGAUGCCGGACGCCUACAAACGCGCCCUGGGAACGACAUCCGCCGGCACACCGACGACUCCUGCCGCCCCGAGCGCGUUUCCGACACCUGGCCCGGCAGGCGGUCAGAGCUUCGACCAGUCUCGAGACUCCCGCGAGCCAAUCGGCGAAUCGCGACAGCUGACCUUUGGCAACGACAUGCGAGCCCAACAGUUCGUUCCCGCGAGCAACGAUCCCGAGUACGCUACGGCCGAAGAAGCCGAGGCCGCCUUUGUAAAGCUUUUGAAGCGCAGCAAUGUUCAGCCUGACUGGACGUGGGAGCAGACUCUUCGUGCCGUGGUGAAAGACCCUCAAUACCGCGCGAUUAAGGAUCCCAGGGACAGAAAGGUCGCCUUUGAGAAGUAUUGUCAAGACGUUAUAUCGCAAGACAAGGAGCGAGCCAAAGAGAGGCUAACCAAGCUCCGUACUGACUUUGCUACCAUGCUCAAGAGUCAUCCUGAGAUCAAACACUAUACCAGGUGGAAGACAGCUCGGCCGAUGAUCGAGGGCGAGACAAUUUUUCGCUCCACUAGUAACGAGGACGAACGUCGCCAUCUCUUCGAGGAUUACAUUAUCGAGCUCAAAAAGCGGCAUAGGGAGGAGCAGACCGCUCUACGCAAGAGUGCUAUGGACGGCCUGAUCGAUCUCCUGCCCAAGCUGAAUUUGGAGCCUUACACUAGGUGGUCCGAGGCCCAAGAAAUCAUCUCUGGCACCCAGCCGUUUCAAAAUGACGAGAAGUAUCAGUCCCUGAGCAAGUUUGAUAUCUUGAGCGUCUUCCAGAAUCACAUGAAGGCAGUGGAACGCACAUUCAACGACAACAGACAGGCUCAAAAGUCGAAGAAAUUCCGCAAAGAGCGCCAGAACCGGGACGCGUUUCUGAGUCUGCUAAGUGAGCUGAAGAAUGAUGGCAAAAUCAAGGCGGGCACGAAGUGGAAGCAAAUAUUCCCCUUAGUCGAGAAUGAUGCACGCUAUAAAGCUAUGAUCGGUCAGAAUGGUUCUACUCCGCAAGAGCUGUUUUGGGAUGUGGUCGAGGAAGAGGAACGAGGGCUCCGAGGCACUCGCAAUGAUGUGAUGGACGUGAUUCAUGACAAGCGAUUCGAGGUCACCCCCAAGACAGACUUCCAAGAUUUCCUUGCGGUGUUGAAAGAAGACCGUCGUACUGCUAACAUUGAUCGAGACGUAUCGAAGUUCAUCUUUGAGCGGCUUCAGGAAAGAAGAGCGAAGCCAUUGGAGGAGGACCGACACUCUGAGCGCCAGCAACGCCGAGCCGUUGAUGACCUGCGCUCGUAUAUGAAACGUCUGGAUCCCCCCAUCACAUUGAGUGACACUUACGAGAAAGUCAAGGCCCGUCUCCAGAAGGCGCCUGAAUUCCAGGCAGUGACUAGCGAGGAAGGACACCGCAGCGCAUUUGACAAGCACAUGCGGCGCCUGCGAGAGAAGGAAGAGGAUCUCGAAAAGGAUAGACGUCGCCGUGAUCGAUCUCGUGAUCGUUACCGGGAACGAGAGAGAGAGCGAAGCAGAGACAGAGGUGAGAGAUCUCAUCGCGGUGGGCGAACGCCCCGCAGGUCUAGUCGCAGCCCAGAACCAGAUCUCUACGAAGCCGACCGCCGCAAGGCCAUCGCCGAGAGGGAGCGCAAUUACCGCAAGUCAAGUAUGGCCGAGACCCUCUUGUCAGACCGUAGGUCAUCGGAUGGGCAUGAUCUUCAUAGGGACAGAGAUCGGGACCGGGACCGGGACAGGGACCGGGAUCGCGAGCGAGACCGUGAUCGAGACCGUGACCGUGACCGUUACAGAGAUCGCGAGCGAGACCGUGACCGUGAGCGGGAUCGUUAUCGCGACGAGGAUCGUCCUCCCCGCUCUCGCCGUGACGACCCACUCGACCGCUAUGAGCGUGAGCGCCGCGACCGCGAAGAGGAACGAGAGCGCUCAUACCGCCGCCGUGUCGUCGAAAAGGAUGUCGAUGACCUUAACUACGACGAGAAACCAUCAAGUGUGAGGAGGCGCCGUGCCGAUGAUGAGGAUGAGCGUCGUCCAGAUUCCAGGGAUUCGAAGAGAUUGAAGAGAGACAAUUCACCUCGUGAGCGUACCCCCCGUCGUGAUGGUCGUCUGAAGACUAGGUCUCCACAACCGCCCCCGGUACCCAAGGAAGAGCCUGCGGGCGUGCAUUCCGGUAGCGAAGAGGGCGAGAUUGAGGAGGAUUAA